CCUGGAGUUGGAACUAAGAGGGAGGUAAGUAAUUUAUAAAAGUCCAGGUAAAGGAGAUAAGCACCAGAACUACUUUGCUUGGGUUGUUCUAGAUUCAGGCUGACUGGCAAGUAAAUAUGGAAGCACUGAAUCCACGUAGUGUCCUGGUGACUGGGUCUAAUCGGGGCAUUGGCUUGGGGCUCAUCAAACAGCUGGCAGGGAAAAGCAACCCACCAGAAUGGAUCUUUGCAACCUGCCGGGAUCCAGAGGGACCACGUGCUCAGGAUUUGAAGAACUUGGCUGCUCAACACCAGGAAAUUGUGAUCAUCCCAUUGAACAUUACUGAUCCAUCCAGUAUCAGGUCUGCUGUAACAACAGUUACGGAGCAGCUGAGUGGAACUGGGUUGAAUCUGCUGAUCAACAAUGCAGGAAUUGCCAAGUACAAUAAAAGACAAGAAAUUGAAGUACCUGAAGACAUGGCUGAGAUUUACAAAACCAAUGUGAUUGGGCCCAUGAUGAUUAGCCAGGCAUUCCUACCAUUGCUGAGGAAGGCAUCUCAGGAAAGUUCCAAGAAAGGGAUGAGUUGCAGCAAAGCCGCCAUUGUCAACAUAUCCAGUUAUGCAGGCUCCAUCACAGAUCUUUAUUUGUGGGAGCUUGGACAGGUUCUUUCUUACCGCUGCAGCAAGGCUGCUCUGAAUAUGCUGACACGGUGCCAAUCCUUGGGAUUUAGUGAAGAUGAGAUUCUGUGUGUCGCGCUGCAUCCUGGAUGGGUGCAGACAGAGAUGGGAGGCAGUACGGCUGAAAUUACAGUGGAUUCAAGUGUACAAGCAGUCCUAAACCUUCUGGCUCAUCUUUCUGAGAAAGACUCUGGCAGUUUUCUGAAUUGGGAGGGGAAAAUCCUUCCCUGGUAAAAACUUCAGUCCUGUUGUUUGACGUGCUGGAGAAACCUCUUUCUUGGGGCAAUGUAAAUAUCUGCCUUGUGUUAUUUGUUAAUUGCAUUGACCUUUCCCCCCAAAUUGUCCUGGCUAGUUCCUUUUCUUUCUAGUUGCCCUGGUUGCUAAAUUCACCAGACCUGAAUCAUCUCAUUUAUUUGAUAUUUUCAAUUGGAAUGGUGGAAGGCUUUGGGGCAUUCACCAAUCAAGUCUUUCAUGAAUCAGUCCAUAUUGCAGAAAGGCACAAAGCACAUCUGUGAAAUAUUCCAGGAUAUUGAGGGGGAGAGGAUGUCUGAAGCAGAUGUAGAUGCUCAGUGGCAGAUACAACUGUUAACAACCAAUAAAAAGC